UAUGGGUGGCCACAUUCCCAUUUCCAAUUCUGUUUACAACAGUAAGAUCCUACAUCGAGUGAUACUUAUUAAACAGACUUCUGUUGGUUGUGGUCUAAAUAGUCCUUGUAGAAAUGGAGGAAUAUGCGAAAUUAAAAACUAUCGCAGACUUUGCAAAUGUCCUUUAGGAUUUUAUGGGAAGUACUGCGAAUUACUUCUUGAAUACGAUUCAUGCUCUUCUAAUCCAUGUGGUAGUAACGGAGAAUGUAUAAGGCUUAUAAAGGGUAUUUCUCCAAUCUAUAUUUGUAAAUGUGCAAGCGGCAUAUUCGGAGGCCCUUGUCCUAAACGUGCAUGCCUAAAUACAUCUUUAUGCAAACCAAAUGGCAUUUGCUUAGAACUUCCAGGAGGUACCUAUCAAUGUCAAUGUCAUGAAGGAUACGGAGGAGUUGAUUGCAGCAUCACUUUCGGUACUGGUUUACCUCCUUUAAGCGAAGUAUACGGUAGUCUCCCUUCAAAAUACUCUACAAAAAGUCCAAUGGUUCCGCAGAAAUCUUCUUUAACUUGUCCCGUAUGCAGAACAACAAAACUUUGCAAUUCAUCAAUCAGAUACGCGAAUAAUUGCGUUUCUUGUGUUAGCGAAAUAAGUCUUAAUGGAUCAAAAGCUAUCAUAAAUAAACUUAAAUGCAGUCGGGAGAAAUGUGAAUAUUAUAUUAAUUGCAUAGAUUCGAAAUGCGAAACAAUUAAGAUGUGUUGUUCGAGUCGAAGUUGUAAUUUAAUGAUGAAAUGUUCACCUAAUACGUAUAGUGGAUUCUGUCGGAAACAUUGCCAUUGUAAAACAUCUUGCGGUGAUUUAACCGGUGAAUGUGAAACGCCAGAAUGUAAAAAGGAUUUUUACGGACGCUCUUGUGACAUAUUACAUAGAGAAAUAAAAUUUUGGCUAUAUACACCUCAACAAAUGUCUAAAACGACAGAGAGAUCUUAUUCAACACCAUGGAUUAAAGAUACAGAGAAACAAUUAAAACUAUGCUAUAAUUCAGACUUUAGAGGGAAGUGGGAACAGACUGAAUGUCACAAGAAACUCUCAGUCGUUUGCGAAAAAAAACCCAACUAUAAUAUUAAUCCGGAAAUUCAGAUUAAAAGAUACAGGAAACCGACAACAAGUGAUUUUGGAAUUGAAUGCUCUUUUGAAGAUUUAUCACUAAAGGCUUCAGUCUUCUGGAAGAAAGAUAAUCAACUUUAUCGAUUUAGAAACAAUGCGGAUAGAAUCGAUGUUGAGGACAUUAUUACUCAAUCAAAAAAUUACAUAGAAAGAAUUUUGGAUCAAUUCGAAGCUUUUAGCUUAGGAGAAAGAAUUACAGAAAAAUUAAAAUACCUCUUAAAGAAUAAUGAAUAUUUUCCAUUUAUAGAUCAAUCAUUUAACAUUAAUAUCGAUCUAAAGAAAUUUAGAGUUGACCAAUCAACAAUAAUCGAAAAUGAGAUUUACGUCAACUUUUUCGAUGAUGAAUUUAAUAAAAAUUUAACAUUUAUUAAAGAAACAUUAAAGUAUGGAUUUAAUAAAUUUAUUGACAAUAUUUAUUCAUUUAAUUUAUUGGAAAAUACUGAUAAAGUUACGUUAAUGAGAUUGGCUGAAAGUGAUGAAUGUCAAGAAAUCGUUAUACAGAAUUCAACUUUAGACUACAGUGCAAAAUUCUCUGAAGCUAAAAUUGGUACAUUUUCAAAAACAACAGCUCAGUGUGCUGAUGGAAGUCCAUUAGGAACUGCAAUAUGUUUAAAAAUAGACUCAGAAUAUCCUACUUUUAAGAAUAUUAAAUGGAAAUCUAAAAGAGAUUGUUACCCUGAACAGCUAAACAUUACACUGCAAUUAUCGAAGGUGUCUAAAAUGUCGCAAAGUUUGACUAAUCAAUCGGAUUCUGGACAAAUUACUCAUAUGACUAAGACAAUCAUUAAAAAUCAGAAUUUAUCUUCAACUGAUAUUUCAUAUGUUGGUGAAAUAUUGGAAAAUUUACAAACAACAAAAAGAGGUGUUGAAAAGCAAUCUAUAACUGAUGUUGUUGAGAUUGCUAAUGAAUUAUUAAAAGCCCCUGCUGAACAGAUUAUGAAAGCUCAAAUGACAACGAAAUCGAGCUCAAAAGUAAUUAAAGCUAUUGAAAAAGUUUGUCAUAAUUGGAGGGGAUCGACUAAAGCAAAAAUAUUUACGCCAAGAAUUUCUGUUGAAGUUUGGCAAGGAAGACAAGUUCCUUUCAACAGUUUCCUCAUUAAGAACAUGACUGACGAUCAUCUAUUACGAAAUGAAUCGUUUAUUAUGGAUAAUUUACCAGAUUAUCGUCUACUAAACGAUACAGCGGCUGGAAUAUUUUUUGAAAGCAGUUUAAACUUUUCAGAUGAGAUUCGAAUAGUGACAUCUGUAUUCUCAAAUACAAAACUAUUUUGGAGAAAUGCUACACAGAUUCCCAUUGGUAAAGUUAUUAGUGCUUCUAUAACAGACAAGAAAUUAAGGAAUUUAGAUCCUCCUAUAUCAACUGUUUUUCAACCUGAUAAUAAGAUAGAUAAAUUACAAGAGGAUAGGCUCAAAUGUGUUUUUUGGGACGAGAAGGUUGAAAAUUGGUCUGGUGAUGGUUGCUAUUUUGAUCAAACAAUAAACGGUAGAAUAUUCUGUAAAUGUGAUCAUUUUACCAAUUUUGCUGUCCUUAUGGACAUUGAACGGAAUGGUGCGUCUGAUGAUGAAGCACUUUCAUAUAUAUCUAUUAUUGGCAUAUCAUUAUCAAUAGCUGGUUUGGGUUUUAUUAUUGUUUCUUUUAUUGUUUUCAGAUCUUUUUCGAAGAAUAAGCCUCAAAUUUUAAGAUUUAAUUUAUCAUUAUCGUUAAUUGCUGUCAAUAUUAUUUUCCUUGUUGGUAUAAAAAGAACUGAAAACGACACUGCUUGUAUAGCAAUAUCUGGACUUUUAUAUUAUUUUCUUCUAACAUCUUUCCUAUGGAUGUUGGCCGAAGGAGUCUUAGCUUUUAUUAACUUUGUAAGAAUAUUUGAUAAUUAUACACCAAAUUUUCUCAUAGUUGCAGCUAUAUGUUGUUGGCUAUUACCUGGCAUUCCGAUUACUGUUUUAGCAGUAAUUGAUAAAAGUCUAUUUCUUGGGUUUGACGACUUGUGUUGGUUAAGUGAAACCCCAUUUUAUUACGGAUUUGUUUUACCCGUUGGAUUAAUAAUCCUAAUUAAUUUAAUCUUUUUGACAUUAACCUUGAAAAAUCUAUGCAAAAGACCAGAAGCUGCUAAUGGAAUAAACAAGAACAAAUCUUCGAAAGUUUAUACUUCUGCUAAAAAGUUAUCAACUUUAAAAGAUUCAUGUGACGAUCGUAGUUGCUUGAAUGGAGGCACAUGCGUUAUGACUAAGACUAAGGAGAGAAUAUGUCAGUGUCCCCCGACAUUUACUGGGAAAUCUUGUGAAAUUUUUGAGCAGACUUUCCCAACCUGUGAAACUUUUCAAUAUCCCAUAACAAACUCAAACACAGGAAAGAAAUACUGUCUUCUAUUAGAUCCAAGUAUUGCUCUUGUAAUUACUAUAUUAUUCUAUGAUAUCCAAAAUGAUUCAUUUACAGAUAAUUGGAUAUUUGGUAAUACCUUUGAAGAUGCUAAAAGACGUUGUGAAAAGACAGGCGGUUGGAUGUUCAGUUUGAAAAAUUAUUUAUCUUUCUCAAAAGAUGUAUCGACCAUAUUCGAAAAUAAAGUAGCUAUACCUUCAAACUUCGAGAUUUGGAACGGAUUUGAAAAGAUACAAUCCUCGAUAUAUUCUCUCUCUGAAUAUCCAAUUUAUUAUGGAAAGAUCAGUGACAACGAUCAAACUCUAGCAAAUUACGAUAAUGUUAAAAUUUGCUCAACAUUAAAUUCUCUUAGUAGUUCAUUCACUCUUGCAGCAGGCUAUUGUAAGGAAACUCUAUCGUUUGUUUGUGAAAAGCCUCAAAUGACAAUAGAUGACUUAGACUUGCAUAUAAAUGUGACAUUUUGUCCAAAGGGAUGGUACUAUUCUCACUGGUAUAGAAAAUGUUUUAUGUAUUCACUCCAAACAGUUACUUUUAACGAGGCAGAGAGAAAAUGUCAUGAACAAGCAUCAAAUUUGACUCGUCCAACAUCGAAAAUAUACAAUCUGCUUCUUUAUCAUAUAUCGUUGAUAGAAGAAACUAAGCGUAAAUGCGCAACUAUCAAUAGUCAGUGCAAGUAUGGUAUAAGAUGCAAAUUUACAUCAGAAAAAAAUAUUUCCAAGUGUGAAUGCUCUGCGAAUCCUAUAUGUCUUGCCUCUAAGCCCAAGUUAGAUAGACAGUUCUGUGGACCAACGGAUAAGAAUUGCACGGCCAAUGGUUGUCAAGACGGAUGGUAUGGCGAAAAAUGCGAUAUUUUUUAUGAGCCAUCUAACAUUUGGAUUGGGAUAAAAGCUAAUGACGAAAGUUUGGAUGCCGGUGGAUUAACAAAUCCUGAAUCGUUCACAAUUGAAACAAAGGGGCAAGGUCCUUGCUUAAGUACAAGUAGUAGCGGUACGUGGAAGGGAAAUAGUUGCUCUGAAAAUUUGACUUACAUCUGUGAAAUGGAACCGAAAUAUGAUCUAAAAGUAAAAAUUAAGAAAUCUUAUAUGAAAAGGAGAGAUGACAUGGGUCUUGAAUGUGAAGUUCCCUUUGAAGGAAAGGAAUUUCUUAAAGGGGUAUACUGGAAGACUUUGCAUGGCUAUCAUAGAUUCGAACCGGAUGAAACUAGAGUAUCGAUAAAUCAAAUGAUUACAGAGAUGACAGAAAGAAAUGAGUUGGAUAUUGUCGAUGAACUUAUUGUUGAAGGCCAAUACACCUGCAUAGCAAACUAUGGACCAUUCUCCAUUCAGUCAGAACCAGUAUCAGUUAGCUUCACAUAUUUAAAUCUUGAAUUAUAUUUAAAGUUACCAAAGUUAGUUUUAAACAAGUUAUCCCAACAACUAAGCAAGAUUAUUACGGCCAACCUGAAUCGCUAUUUCCAAAAUACAUCGUUAUUUCAACUGGCAUCGGAUGUAUUGACCAUAGCAAAGCUAGAGGACACUUUCAAUGGUAGUGUUAUAAUCUAUAAUACAUUAAAAGUUUUCCAAAAAUCAAGAUCUUAUAUACUUACUGAUGAAUUUAUAUUAUCGCAACUACGAAAUCGUUUGAAUGAAAUGAUUGAUACAAACUCUCUUUUUAAUAAUGCGAAUCAAAUUACUCCUGUCGAAAUUCUAAGUUUUUCUUUUAAAGGCGAAUGCGAAGAAGUCAUUACUGAACAUCCUGAAGGAUUUAAAGUAAAAUUCAAUAGGGUAAAAGUAAAUCAUCAGUCUACAACAACACGCUUAUGUUUAGAUGGCAAACCAAUAGGUACAUGUAAUUGUACGAAAGAAAACUAUAAAUAUUCGUGUAAAGAGAAUUUGGAUUUCAGGAGAAAACAAGACUGUUAUCCUACUUCAACAAAUAAUUCUGUUGAAACUGAUACGUUACUGAAACUAUCAUUGAUGAAAAUAAGUAAAAGUAAUAUAGAUGAAUUACUUAAUAAGUCAAAGGAUAUAGUUCAAAGGAUUGACUUGAAUAAACAAGAUUACAUAUAUACUUCUUUAAUAUUAGAAAAUAUUGCACUUUCUCUAAUUAAAUUAAAUCCUAAGCAGAUUGUAAAGAUCACGGAAAUUGCUAACGAAGUGUUAAAAACUCCAUUCAGAAUAAUUGAUGAAGCUCAAAAGACGGCAAAUUCAAGCUCAAUAAUGACUAAUUCUAUUGGAUCUUUAGCGGAAAAUGCUGAAAUAGAUAAACAGCAACUUAAAAUUGUCACACCUAGAAUUUUAAUGUUGAUAGCUGAUACUCAGAAUAAUAAAUCCUCAUUUUUGAAUAAUUCUAUCAGUGGAGUUUAUUUCGAUAGUGACCUAUUUUCCAAUUUAAGUCGUAGAUUUUUUAUGGCAAUUUAUGCUUCGUCAAAGUUUUUUCAAAAUAAUGAUACGGUUUAUCCCAUUGGAAAUGUUAUAAAAGCGUCUCUUGCCAAUGUAAAGAUAAUAAAUCUUGAUCCUCCAAUAACAACAGUUUUCAAACCAUACAGUAAAUAUGAAACUCCUAAAGAGGAUCAAUUGAAAUGUGUAUUUUGGGAUAAGAUAAUUAGCGAUUGGUCAACUGAAGGUUGUUUCUUCGAAACGAUUAACAACGGAAGAAUAUUCUGUCAAUAUAGCCCCGUUUUCUUAUCAAUAAUUACAAAAGUCGGAUUGAUUUUAUCAUCAUGUGGACUUUUUUUCAUUGUACUAUCAUUCGUAAUGUUCAAUUUGAAAUCUAAAACCCUACCAGAAAUCUUUCGUUUUAAUUUAUCAAUAUCGUUAAUAAUCGUUAAUCUAUUAUUCUUAUUUGGUAUAAAUAAGACAGAGGACAAUAAUGUUUGUAUAGCUAUAACAGCCCUGCUGUAUUAUUUCCUACUUGUCUCAUUUGCUUGGAUGCUUGCUGAGGGGAUUUUAGCAUUUAUCCGCUUUGUUAAGGUAUUUGAAAAGAAGUCAAGAAAUUGGGCAUUGAAAGUUAUAUUUUGUUGCUGGUUUAUUCCUUCAAUUCCAAUAAUUUGCAUUGGUGCUAUAGAUAAAGAUACAUUUAGAGGAUACAAAGAAAUACCGCAACAAGCUAAUCAACAGAAGAAAUUUUCAAAAGUAUUCUUCUUGUUAAGAUCAUUUUUGUUCUUUACAUUUUUAAUGGGUUUAACUUGGAUAUUCGGAUUUCUUGGACACAAAGACGCUAAGAUGGCAUUUCAAACUAUAACGACUACUAAAUGUUCAGAACCUAUUGAUGAGGAGGAAGGAUAUGAAGAUUUAAUUUUUGAUAAAUCUAGUCCACACAAUAAUCAAACCUAUUAUCCAUUGCCUCGAAAAAGAAACAAAACUACAGAUAAAGAUCAAGGCCCAACUGAAAAUAUAUAUUACGUGUAUCCUGAUAUUCAUGCAGAUCAAAACGUUACUUACAAAGAUGGACCAAUUUAUGAUAAUAUUACAUAA